AUGAGGUUUGAGGCCAUCAAGCUUCUAGAGCCUUCUCAUGUUGACAUGUUAUGUCGUAUGUAUAACAUUGAUGACGGUCUUGUUGUUAGAGAGGUGUCGAAAGGAUCUAAUGCUGAGAUAUGUGGAAUUCAAAAAGGUGAUCUUAUUGAAUGUAUUAAGGGAAAAUGCAUUUCUACCACAAUUCAGUUGGAAAAUCUGUUGAUGAGCAUAUGCAAAGGCCCUUCAGAUAGUAAAAAUGGCCGUAAUACUGAAGUUCAUAUUUCUGUUGGGUUAUUUCAAACACUCAAAAAAUGCCGAAGGACCGUAGAGUUGACUGCAACUGUAUCAGACCUUGGAGAAGUUAUUGCAAGAGGUACGCGUCUCCUCUUUUAA